AUGGAGCAUCCGUUGAGCAACAACAAAUGCAGAGCCAAGCAACAACAAAUGCAGAGCCAGAAAGCUCCGGUCACCUACAAGAAACCGGCAGCGGAGCUGAGUCCUGACCCGUUCCGGAAAGGAGAAGCUAGUGUUUUGAUUGGGAAGUUAGAGAGUGAGAGGGAUGAGUUUAGUAGGGUUUGUGGUGAGAGGGAUUUGAUUAAGAGUGAGUUUGAUUUGCAGAGUGAGGAGAUGAAUCUGUUGAAGGAGUGUGUGGUGAGGUUGGAGAUGAAAGAAGUGAGUUUGGGUGAAGAAGUUGGGAGAUUGAAAUCUGAGAAUGGUAGAUUGGUGAAGAAGAGGAAAAAGAGAGAUGAGUUGAUUGAGAGGGUUAGUAAGGAGAGGAGUGAAAUGGAGAAGAACCUUGAGGAUAAGAUUAGGGAGAUUGAUGGUUUGAAGAGUGAGAUCAAAGGGGUUAUUAGAGAGAAGAUGGAGAUAGAGAUGGUUAAACGUGAUCAAAACGAGACGAUCGUUGAGUUGGAGAAAAAGUUGGGAAGUUUGAAUGAGACUGUGAAGAGCUUGACAAAGGAAGAGGUGGGGUUACGUGAUCAGGUUAUUAGGUUAGAGAGGAAUCUUGAUGAGGUUAUGGAGGAAGCGAAAGCGAGGGCGGAGCAGAUCAAUGCAUUGGUGAAAGAGAAGUCUAUUACGGAAUCUGAGCUUGAGUGUGUGUGGAUGGAGAACAUGUCAGUUAAGAAGCAGAUGGAAAUGGCUCUCGUGCAAUCCUCUGAUAAGGUGUCCGAGAGAAUGCAGGGACUACUAUGGAAUGCUCUGUUGAGAACAUUGAGAUGGGUGUCCGAGAGAUGAUUGCUCUGUUGAGAACAUUGAGAUGGGUGUCCGAGAGAAUGCAGGGACUACUAUGGAAUGCAACAAGAAGGGGACGUUUUCAGGGUCGUGGAAUGUAGAAUCAAGAAAAGGGUUUGAUCCGAAGAUGAUUAGGAGCAAUAGUAGUGUGAGUUGGAGAAGUUCUGGUACCAAUGGAGGUGGGUUUCAAAGGAAUAGUAGUGUGAGUUGGAGAAGUUCUGGUACCAAUGGCGGCAAGGAAGCAGUAAUUCGACAACUAACCGGCCUGUUCCGGCUUCUCAACCUUUUGGUAGUAGAAAUGUUAUGAACUUUAACUGACAACAUUGUAAUGGACUCUCGAGUCAAUUUUUUAGAUUGGUAGUUGGGAAUAAGUGUGGUGGUGAAGUUGAAUUUGACAAAAAAAUGUUCAAACCU